GUCAACGUCAAAACAGAAACCAAAAUAAAAAAUCAAAACAUUGUUGUGUUGACUGUCGUUCAGUGUACUGUAUCGUUCUUAAUAUUUUGUCCGUAAAUUGCGUUAAUUAAAAUAGUGAAAAUGCAGAGUGCGUCUGAUGUAAUAUCAUCGUUGUUUUGGCUUAAAGACAAUAGUGAUAUUGAAGAAGACCCAGAACAACAAAUUGUAGAGCAAUUUGUGCAAAAUGUUGAAGACUUUAGCUCUCAGUACGGAAGUGAAAUCAGUGUUUCAUAUACAGCUUUCAACCUCCGGGGUCCACCAUCCAAUUUUCCUGACUACGGAGAUUACCCUCAAGCCUUCGUUAUGAGGACUUAUGGCACCUGGUGGGAUGAAGCUCCAUCAGCACAAGAAGACUACAUGCCACAGAAUGCAAGCACUAUAACAAGUCAAGACUUUGUAGAAGUAUCUUUCGAGAGGGCGGUUUACCCCCUAGAGGUGUCUGUCUUCGAAACGUAUAACCCCGGAGCGUUGGUCAGGAUAUGGGCUCGUGGUCCCACAUCUUGGAUGCUGCUAUGGGAAGGAGAACCAGAGUAUGUAGGCGACAGGCCGAGGAUAUUCAGCCCUCCAAUACGACAAUUGAAUGUUCCAACAAGGAUAUUAAGAUUGGAGUUCAACCACAAACUACUGCCAUACUAUACGGAAUUAGACGCAGUGCUACUUAAAGGCUUACAGCCCCCGAAUUUUGUCAAAAUGAAGAAUAAUUUCGCAUACCCGAGUCUGUUCUAUCCGAAAACUCAGGCUGCCGUUGAAAAGGGUCAACUUCUCAACAAAAUCAUCGCGUCGAAUCUCCACGAAAGCGUUGCCUCGCGAAUGAAUAUGCAACGCAUACAAGCGAAACCAGACACGGGACCGCCGCUUGGAGAUUUUCAACGAUUACCGGACGAAACAAUACUAUCGGUAAUGAAGUUCUUAGAUAUGCAAUCUCUUUGUAGAUGCGCACAAGUCAACAGACAUUUCAACAGAUUGGCCUACGACUCUAUACUAUAUCGGAGCAUCGAUCUGAGGCCAUAUUGGCAUUGUGUGCAAUCGCAGGUUUUGGUGACGCUGUCCUUGAGAUGCAAGUUUCUGCAGAAAUUAGACCUCUCGUGGUGCGGGAGUCAUCGCAUGAUAUAUUCACAUUACGUUGUCAAUUUCCUAAAAGAGAGCGGCACAGAAUUAACGCACUUAAGAAUGAACUGUUGUAAAUUCGUGGACAACGCCGUGCUUCGAACGAUUGUUGACAUAGCGCCGUUCUUACAAGAGCUAUGCCUACGUUCAGUAGUCGGCUGCACCGAUUGGAUCUGUUUGGCGUCUUUGAGGAACUUACGACGCUUAGACUUAUACAGAACCGACAUCAACACGGCGGCAGCUGUCAACAUCAUUAGGUUCAAUCCCGGCUUGGAGCACCUUAACGUCGGUUCGUGCAAGAUGAUAUCGGCCAUGGACGAAGUGGCCAUAGCUUUGGGAGCGAAUUGCCCGAACCUGAUAUCGGUCGACUUCUGGAAAUCCUACUCUUUGACUCCAAACGGAAUAAGGGCCUUGGGAAAUUGUAAGAAACUACAGGAACUGGAUGUCGGAUGGUGUCUACAGGCCGGCGGCUCGGGCGAAUGGCUGGCGUGGCUCGCCGGCACAGAGCUACGUAAGUUGUUCCUCGGCGCGUUGCGCGGUGUCUGCGAUAGAGAUUUGCGUUCGUUGCUGCCACGAGCGCCGAAGCUGACGCAGCUCGACCUGCUCGGCGUCAGGGCGGUCACGUCGGACGUGUGCGAUUCAAUAUUAGCAGAGUGUCGCGAGUUAAGGCUUCUGGACGUUAGCUUCUGCGAUCAGAUUCAAGAGUCUCAGGUAUUAGAAUGGCGAGAACAAUAUCCUCACGUCAAUAUAAAAAGGUCCUUUCAGUCGGCCAACUUGAAUACCGAUCCUAAUCCUUUAUUUUUAGCGCCUAGCUUAGAAUAAAUCGAUUACAAAUUCGCAUUUAUGUUUUGUUAUGAACAUUAAAUUUUAUAUAUGUAACUAAUUAGGUUAAGUUUAUCUGUGUUUCGGUAAAACAUGCCGUUUAAAAAAAUCUUACGUUACGGACGUUUUUUCCCGGUUAGGGUACCCCUCCGCAUCGUCCCAUAAGGAACUUCGUUCCAAAAACGUAACUCUAUUCCGAUUUUCAAGCGUUGCUUAACUUGUUUUUCCCGAAACGACUGUAUCGGCUAUAAAGGAGAUUUCAAAAUUUUAAUUCACGUUCUGUUUUAUAAAUUUGACAUUUCAUGACGUUUCGAAAUGUCUUAUGUCAAAUUUGAAAUUUUAAAGCGGUAAGUUAGUAGUAGCGGUAAGUAAUUAUGAUUCUGUACUUCAAUUCGUACUUAGAACUCAUUAAUACAGCAAUCCCCCUGUAACGCGGUAAAGUUAUAACGCGUUUUCAUAUUACGCGAUUUAAUCCCCCGUAUAACACGGGCAUUACCCCACAUAACGCAGCGAUUUCCCAUAUACAUAUUUCUGUACUGUGAAAUUUAUAAUGAUUUGUACAGUUCAUAAUUCGCUUUGCGUAUCUUUGCAUAUGUGUCCAUUGUGUUAUUACAAAAUUAAUUUAUUUUAUUAAAUUUGUGUAUUAGAAGGUGUAGGUUAAAUUUUAUUUUUAUAAAUUUAAUUUAAAAUAAAAAUAUUUAAACCAUUAAAAUUUAAACGUGAUUAAUCAUUUAUACGUAACGCGCUAUACGAGGUCGCAAAAACGCGUUAUACGGGAAUAACCUUAUAAGGCGUUUUCUAUAACGCGGAAUCAAUCUACCGCGUUAUAGUGGGGAUUACUGUAAUUAAUUGAGAAAAAAAGUGCAACUAGACGAAUGUUAUUGAAUGUACAUCUUACGUAAUUUAGAUUGCUUUAAAUUUAUCACAAAUUACUUUCGUAGAAUUUGGUAUGAUUUUUCGUAAUAAGUAAUGUAAUGUACGAAAAAUGUUGAUAUUAUGUUAUUCUAACAAAGAAAAUAGUAUUACAUUAACACAAUAACUGAUUAAUUUUUAUAAUUUGGCUUUAAAAUGAUCUUAAACUAAAAGACUGAUAUUGUAUGGAAAGAAUGAUAUGGAAAUAGGAAAGGCUCUUAAUACAGGAUUUAUUCGAAUGCUACCAGAAACGAUUAUCCACGGAAAUAUGAGAAAUAUAUGGAAAAAUAUAUUUUACCACAUACUGUUUCCGUGCUUAUUUCGUUCCCCAGCCGCCAUUUAAAUUCCAGAGGUCGUUGACCCCUAAGUUUUGCGCACGUCCAAUGCGGGCCGCAAAAUAUGUUUACUAGACCAUUAUGAACGCUUGAUAUGAAAAUAAUAAUAUUACUUUUUGGAAUGCCGUGUUUGUGGCUUUUGCAAUUGUCCUUUGAUAUCCUGUAUAUUAGACUUGAUAUUGUAAUAAAUAACAUAAUAACUAUAUUAUGUAGAUAUUGAAUGAACGAGGAUCGUUUAUCUUUUGUUUUGUCGAUUUUGUGCUAGGAAGGUUCCUAACCGAACAAACGGAUAGAUGUUGUUGACAAUUCGGAACCUGUUCCGAAUUGUCAACAACAUCUAGAAGAAGCUUCAACUUAAUCCACUAAAGGGUUUUGCGAACGCAUAUAAUCUAAAGAAACAUCUAUAUAAUAGUAUUAUAAUAUUAAACGUUAUCAAUAUUUCAUUUUUAACAUGUAUUAACCGAAGAAAACAUCUUAGUCGUGGUUUUGUGGCUUUGUAGUGUCCCGCAAAUUGCUCAUGUCCUUAAACAACUGUAACCACUCAUAAACAGAUGACCCGUUUGCUCGUCUACCUAUGGAUGCAAUUAAAAAUACGUUCAAACAAACAAAUAUGUUCAGACAAAAUCGGUUUGUAAUUAUUAUUAUUUUUUUGCUUAGAUGGGUGGACGAGCUCACAGCCCACCUGGUGUAAAGUGGUUACUGGAGCCCAUAGACAUCUACAAUGUAAAUGCGCCACACACCUUGAGAUAUAAGUUCUAAGGUCUCAGUAUAGUUACAACGGCUGCCCCACCCUUCAAACCGAAACGCAUUACUGAUUCACGGCAGAAAUAGGCGGGGUGGUGGUACCUACCCGUGCGGACUCACAAGAGGUCCUACCACCAGUGAUACACAAUAUAUUAGGCUUACGAUUUUUGGAAACCUUUGGGUCUAUGAAGAGAAUAGUUCAAUUUGUGCUUUGUAAUGGUACAAAUGUUAUGGAAUAGGUACAGCAAGGAAUAGUCAGAGAUGUUUAGUUGACGAAAUUCCGUUAUGUUUCAAAUAUGUCGUGUAAUUCCCAUUUUAAAUUAGAUGAAGUAAUUUCUAUUGUUUAAAGUUUCACUUACUGCAUCUAUCUAUCUACUAUCAUCAUUUAAUUUAGUAGUAACAAAAAGCCAUGGAACGCUUUUAGAUAUUAAUUUUUUUAUUUUUUAUUUUAACAAAAUUAGUGGUUACGUAUUAAUUUUAAUUAUACUUAUAAAACAAGGUCCCCUCUGAAUAUUUAAUUAUACGAAAAACGUCUACUGGACUGUAAAAAAAAACUUUUUUUUCAUACAAACUUUGCGCUGACAAUUACUAAGACUCCUAAAGAAAAAUCUGUCCAAUGCCAACGUUUAUAAUAUAAGAUUAUCGUAAAAAUCUAUAUUUUAAUAUAAUUGUUAGUAUUAAAUAAUGAUAUUACGUAGGUAUACGUUCUAGCUUAACAAAUAUAUGAGGUUUAUUUAUAUACUAUGCUAUGGUAAAGUCUGGUUGACCAACGGUUCAGUUGAUAAGGAAAAAAAAUCCUGAUAACAUUAAUUAUUUUGUGAGAUAAAGAGUUAUCUAUCGUAAAAUAUUCAACACUGAUUAAAAAAAACUUAAAUAAUCGUAUCGAAUUCAGUGCGGCAUCUUUAGUGGGUAGUACAAAAACACAUUUUUAUUUGAUUUAUUAAGCAAUGAGUCUCAUUAACGAUUAAUUAUUAUUCAUACAAUUGUAAUAAUUACUGUGGUAAUUAAAUGAUAUUUAAUGAUUAGAUAAAAAUAAUAAAUUCGUCCAAAAGUCAAUUUAUAAUACCAACACAUAUCUGGUGUGAGUGACAUUUAUCUCGAAAGUUUCUACAGUAGACUGUCGUUUGUGAUUAUCGAUGAAUUGUCAUUGGCAGUUGGAUAUUUUGUCAUUAAAAGUUUUUAGUUAGGACAGGCGGAAUGAUUUGUUAUUACCAUUCCUAUUUCUGCUGCGAAGCAUUUACGGGUUGCGGUUUGUAGAGGGUUCGACUUGAGUGUGUGGUUCAAAGUUGGUUGGUUAAAAGCCCGUGUUCUCAUUUUCUUGCUUGUAACCGGUAACAACUAAUACCGUGUAGGCCGUGAAACCGUUCAUCUAGAGAACAAAAUAAAAGGUAUACAUACGUAUUGCAUCCCUACUGACAAAAGUGAUCAUUUAAAAUUUGAGACAAUAAAUACAAAGAUAUGGACCGUUUAUUUUGAAAGUGGUGUAAGUCCAUUUUCUUUUGUUUCGAGAAAAUUAAAGGUUACUAUAUUUGUUGAUUUAAAAAUACAGGGAAAUCAUAUGGGGUCUGUCAAUUGGACUUACACCACUUUCAUAAUCGAUGAUUAUGCAAUUUCAUUUACCGACCGAUUUUAAGUUGUACAAAACAUGGGAUUUUUCUGAGAAAUUAAACACGGACUAGUUAUAUAUAAAAAAAUUACAUUAGAUUAAGCAUGAAUUACGUGAUAGCUCAUUUUUCUCAAAAAUGGACUUACACCACUUUCAAAAUAAACGGUCCAUAUGUGCACACUAUAUAUAUAUGAAAUGUCACAGCACAAAGCCAAAACAAGAACAAGGUUAAAAGUAUGUUUCGAAAAAUUGGCUUUCAGCCUUGUCCAGGUGCUGUGUCUGUUUCUGGGGUCCUCUAGUUUUGACCAGAGCUAACCCAGGCACAGCCCUAGGUACAGUUUGGCCCGUAGGACAUAUUCAAAACUCACGUCGCAAUAUGGAAUAAACGAAAUACAUAUAAUACAUUUGUUAUAAAGCUCAGUUUUCAAUAUGAAAAUGUAAGAAAUUAUCGGCUGAACUGAUUAUCCUUGAAUACUUUAAUCAAUAGUUAGUUUACAUGGUCCCCCAAUUCCAAUCACAAUUGUUUUUGUUCCUCAAAAUCCUUAGCUUGAACAUUCCCGGUCUUAACUAAACAUUUUCAGAACUUUCAAAUAAAUUAUUAAAUUAAAUUAAAAGUUAUUAAAAUAAAUGAUCUCCAAAAUUUGAAACGUUCAAUUUGAAGAGUUGAAGCCUAUAGAUUUCGUAAUAAAUAUACAAUUUCCUCGCGGCAAUACAAAACCUUUAAUUCUAUGUUCGUCGAAAAGAUAAUAAUACAAUGAAACAAAUUCAAUGAAAAAAUAUAUUUUAUGAGUAAUUGUUUGUAAGAAUGUCUAAUAUAAAUGUUAUUUAUCAGUCAUAGGUUUUAGAAAGAUGUUUUUAGUUAUUAAAUGUAUUUUUUGAUUAAAAUGUUCAUGACAAUUA